AUGAAAACUUUGAGCUGUUUUUGCGACAACGAAUGCCAGCAUUUCAAUUUAGGAUUAAUGGAGUUCAAAGAAAAGCCAAAACUUAACGUAGAGGAUAUAUACACGGACUCAGACUCUGAACACCAAUAUAAACCAGAAUUUGACCAACAAGAUAAUACUAUUAGUGAUACUAUUUUAGAGACAGACAUGUCACAGAUUAUUGAUAAGUCCACUAAUGAUUUUAAUAAUAUUGUCAGACCUAGUUCAAUCAACCAAUAUAAAAUCGAUGAUUACGUUUUAGUUAAGUUUCCUAUCAGAAGCACGGAAUAUCGUUAUGUAGCUAUAAUAAAUCAGACAAUAAAGAAGAAGAACUAA